AUUGGUGAUUUGAUUUUGUUGGUGAUUAUUUUGGGACAGGCACGAGCUAGGGAGACUGUAUUACGAUUUGCCAGAUGCAUGUAAAGAGAGCGGUUGACGGAAAAAAACAACAUGACAGCACAUUGACAGGAUGCAAACAAGCAAAAUUGUGUGAAUUAUGUUUUUGUUUUUAUUUCAUUUUUAUUUUUAAAUACUCUUUUUGCCCUUUGAGUCGCCAAUAAAUACCCAGGCUUUGGAAUUGCGCUCUGUCACUGGCGAAACAGCUAGCAGCUCUCCCGCUCUCCUUAGCGCAAUCUCAAGUUGCAUCUCGGACACGCAGAGCAUCUCCCGUCCUCCAAAUCACAUGCUGCGUUCGUUGCGUUGUCCGACUCCUUUUUAUCUUUGAGAUUCCUCCAGUGCCUAGGCAUCUUAGUUUCACGCUUUUGAAAGAGGCACUGACUGGAGCUAAACUAUCGAAUCCUACCUUGAAUGCUUCUCCUUGCGGUCUCUCUUUUCUCACCCUUUGCUCACCUCACCUCACUUUUCACCUUCAUGGGGGGCCAAAACAAGGACCGCGACGCAAUGCAUACCCCUCACCCUCACCCUCUCGCUCGCCCUCACCCUUCCCCCUUCAUCCCUCUUCUUUUCUCUUCUCUUCUCUCUCUCCUCGCCGUGACCCCCAUUUAUUUUGUACCACUACCUACUGCCUACUCUAUGUACAAGCACUUGUGUGUACUUGUAUGUUUCCCUCUCAGCAGCAACCCGCUUUUUUGCCACUUCAUCAAAAUGCUACCACGAAUCCCAUCUGACCCGCCCAUUGGCCGGAAUGCCCUCCCCGAUAAGCACUUCCCGCGGAAGCACUUCCUGCUGCUCCAAACGGGCACAAACGCCGUUGCGACCAGGGGGGGGGGGCAUGGCAAGGCAUGGGCCUGUAAGGUAAGUUUUAACAUAACGCGGUUGAAUGGGGUGGCGGGCUUUUUGCUGCUCUGCGGUUUGCUUUGCUUUGCGUUGCUUGCAAGGUUUAUUACCGUGUGCUCGUAUGUACAUACGUGGGUGUGUAUGAAACGCCCCGUGGGUAGGUAGGCAGGCAACAGCAGUCAAGCCCCAUGGCUGGCUUGUUGAUGCAUGCAUGCAAGCAAGCAAGCAAGCAGCCUGAGCUCCACGGCGUAUAACAAGGACAAGAUGUAGCAGCACUACCUAGGU